GACUCUUUGAUAAAGGCAGACUAUCGGCUACGGCACCGCCACUCGGAGCUGCGCCACGCCAAGGACAGAAGCCUCUCACUGGGUUGAUGCAGUUCUCGACAGGGGCCACUGCUGCACACUCUCUUCCACCAUUUUCGGAGAUCAGAGGAAACUGAAAAAAGAAUUUUUUUUUAUUAUUAUUACUAUUUCGAGUAAGGGAAGAACCUUAAUUAGUUAAGCAACCGACGUAUUUCCCGGGAUUCUGCCUGGAUAGCGAGAGAGAUAAGAGAGCGCGAGAGAGAGAAUCCACAGAGGGGGGAUACGUUCCGGUAAACUACCAGUCAUAUGGUUCUGGUACUACGGUAGUGUUGCUGUGCUGUCGAUAAGUAUAUUGAUUGUGAAUACUCGUCCCGUCUUUAGUUGGCAAACUGUCUUUUUUUCUUUUUUUUAAGGGUUGAUAUUUUUUUUCCAAAGAACGGGACAGUCGAGAGAAAACACACAUUUACGAUAAAAAACAACAGAAAAAAACCCUGUGGGUAGCAGGAGUCGACUGACCAUCAUGGAGAACUCUCAUACGAAGAGUGUUGAAGAAGUUUACAGUUAUUUCUGCGUCAAUGAAAGCACGGGACUUGCCUUGGACCAGGUGAAACGACAGAAAGAGAAAUGGGGCCUAAACGAGUUACCGGCAGAAGAAGGGAAGUCUCUAUGGGAACUUGUCAUUGAACAGUUUGAGGAUUUACUUGUUCGAAUUCUUCUUUUGGCUGCAUGUAUAUCUUUUGUCCUGGCCUGGUUUGAAGAGGGAGAGGAAACUAUUACAGCCUUUGUGGAGCCUUUUGUGAUCCUACUAAUUCUCAUAGCCAAUGCCAUUGUAGGUGUGUGGCAGGAACGUAAUGCUGAGGAUGCCAUUGAGGCUCUUAAGGAGUAUGAGCCUGAGAUGGGUAAAGUCUACCGCCAGGACAGGAAAACUGUCCAGAGGAUCAAGGCCAAAGACAUUGUGCCUGGGGACAUUGUGGAGGUUGCUGUUGGAGACAAAGUGCCUGCCGACAUCCGAAUCUGUUCAAUCAAAUCAACCACCCUGAGGGUAGACCAGUCAAUUCUGACAGGUGAGUCUGUCUCUGUGAUCAAACACACUGACCCUGUGCCUGACCCACGUGCCGUCAACCAGGACAAGAAGAACAUGCUGUUCUCUGGCACCAACAUUGCAGCUGGCAAGGCCAUGGGUGUGGUAGUGGCCACUGGUGUUAACACAGAGAUUGGCAAGAUCCGUGACGAAAUGGCGGCCACCGAGCAGGAGAAGACCCCGCUUCAGCAGAAGCUGGAUGAGUUCGGUGAGCAGCUGUCAAAGGUCAUCUCCCUCAUCUGCAUUGCUGUGUGGAUCAUCAACAUCGGCCAUUUCAACGACCCUGUCCACGGAGGCUCCUGGAUCCGUGGGGCCGUCUACUACUUCAAGAUUGCUGUGGCUCUUGCUGUGGCCGCCAUCCCUGAGGGUCUGCCUGCUGUCAUCACAACCUGCCUGGCCCUGGGGACCCGCCGCAUGGCCAAGAAGAAUGCCAUUGUCCGCAGCCUGCCUUCUGUGGAGACGCUGGGCUGCACCUCCGUUAUCUGUUCUGAUAAGACUGGUACCCUCACCACCAACCAGAUGUCUGUCUGCAGGAUGUUCAUUGUAAACAAAGCUGAAGUGGAGAGCUGCUCCUUGACUGAGUUCACUAUCACAGGCUCUACCUAUGCCCCAGAGGGAGAAGUGUAUCAUGAUGGCAAACCAGUGAAGUGUUCCCAGUAUGAUGCACUGGUUGAGUUGGCCACCAUCUGUGCUCUGUGCAAUGACUCCUCUCUGGACUUCAACGAGGCCAAGGGUGUUUAUGAGAAGGUAGGCGAGGCCACCGAAACUGCUCUAACCUGUUUGGUUGAGAAGAUGAAUGCCUUUGACACCGACAUACACAGCCUGUCAAAAAUUGACAGGGCCAACGCAUGCAACUCUGUGAUCAAACAGCUGAUGAAGAAGGAGUUUACCCUAGAGUUCUCCAGAGACAGGAAGUCCAUGUCUGUCUACUGUACCCCCAACAAGUCACGCUCCUCCAUGGGCAAGAUGUUUGUCAAGGGUGCCCCAGAAGGGGUUAUUGAGAGAUGUACUCAUGUCAGAAUUGGUAACAGCAAAGUCCCGCUGAACCAAGGCAUCAAGGACAAGAUCAUGUCUGUGAUCCGUGAGUAUGGGACAGGCCGUGACACCCUGCGCUGCCUGGCUCUAGCCACCCGUGACAGCCCACCCAAGAUGGAGGACAUGAUGCUGUCUGAAACCUCCAAGUUCUCUGAGUAUGAGUCUGACCUGACCUUUGUGGGCUGUGUGGGCAUGCUGGACCCCCCCAGACAAGAGGUGGCUGCCUCCAUCAAGCUUUGUUCCCAGGCUGGCAUCCGUGUCAUUAUGAUCACAGGUGACAACAAGGGCACAGCUGUGGCCAUCUGCCGCCGCAUCGGUAUCCUGGCUGAAGAUGAUGAUGUGGAGCGCAUGGCUUUCACCGGCCGUGAGUUUGACGACCUCUCACCCCAAACUCAGCGGGAGGCUGUGACCCAUGCUCGCUGCUUUGCCCGUGUCGAGCCCUCCCACAAGUCCAAAAUUGUCGAGUUCCUGCAGGGCUUUGAUGAGAUCACAGCCAUGACGGGUGAUGGCGUUAAUGAUGCUCCUGCUCUGAAGAAGGCAGAGAUCGGCAUUGCCAUGGGCUCUGGCACUGCUGUGGCCAAGUCAGCCUCUGAGAUGGUUCUUGCUGAUGACAACUUCUCUUCCAUUGUAGCUGCUGUUGAGGAAGGCAGAGCUAUCUACAAUAACAUGAAACAAUUCAUAAGAUACCUCAUCUCCUCCAACGUGGGAGAGGUUGUCUGCAUCUUUCUGACUGCUGCAUUGGGCUUCCCUGAGGCUCUGAUUCCAGUUCAGCUGCUGUGGGUCAACCUGGUCACUGAUGGUCUCCCUGCUACCGCCCUGGGCUUCAACCCACCAGAUCUGGACAUCAUGGACAAGCCUCCCCGAAAUGCUAAGGAGCCCCUCAUUUCUGGCUGGCUUUUCUUCAGAUACUUGGCCAUUGGAGGUUAUGUUGGUGCUGCCACUGUAGGGGCCGCUGCCUGGUGGUUUACCAUUUCAGAGGAUGGACCCCAGAUCACCCUGUACCAGCUGAGCCAUUUCCUCCAGUGCUCUCCAGACAACCCGGAGUUUGAAGGGUUGGACUGCAGCUUGUUUGAGUCUCCAUAUCCCAUGACCAUGGCCUUGUCAGUGCUUGUCACCAUUGAGAUGUGCAAUGCGCUUAACAGUCUCUCUGAGAACCAGUCCCUGCUGCGUAUGCCUCCCUGGGAGAACGUUUGGCUGCUUGGGGCAAUCUGCCUCUCCAUGUCCCUCCACUUUCUCAUCCUCUAUGUAGAGCCUCUGCCUGUCAUCUUCCAGAUCACUCCUCUGGAUACCACUCAGUGGAUGAUGGUGCUGAAGAUCUCACUGCCCGUCAUCCUGCUGGAUGAGCUGCUUAAGUUUGCUGCCAGGAACUACCUAGAAUCUGGUAAAAAGCUGGACAAGUCAGCCAGCAAAGGCUGCUCCCUGUCUGCAUGCACGGAGGGCAUCUCCUGGCCCUUUGUGGCCAUCUCCCUCCCCUUGGUGUUUUGGAUCUACAGCACUGACACUAAUGUGUCUGCCUUGUUUUGGCCCUGACUGACUCCAGCACACUAUCCUCCCUGUGCACCAGUGUGAAGUGGACAUUAAUACACACGUCUAACACAAUCACAUUAACUCGGAACAACUGCAUCAGCUGUCAUGGCUCCAGUCAACACUUUGCACCUGUGCUGACAGACUUGGUCUAUCAACUGUCAAAUUGUUUUGUAUCGAGGACAUUUUCAGCAUUCCAUUUUUGUUUUUAUUGUGUGAAUUUUUUUUUUUUAAGAUCAGCAUAUUUUAUUGGCUUGAGGUCUGUCAUUUUAUCAGUGUCUUAACUAAUUUUUCAUCAAGCUCUUGUUUGUUCGGAUCCCCUUUUUUGAACAAGCAAAGAGUCCCACUGUGUAGGAGCUAUGUAAUGAUCUGUACAGAAAAAUUUACACUAUUUUAUGAUGAUUAACGUUUUUAUAAUUUUGGAAAGGGAUGUGGGCACAGAGGAACUAUGGGUGUACAGAGGACACAAUUGUAAGGACCAUUUAAUAUAAAUUUAUUCAUUGGACACUAUAAUCUGGACAAAGACUUGGAUAUAUUUUGCCCUGGCAUGAACGCUCUCUAUCCCACAUUUUUGAGCUCCAUGUAUUUUUUUAUUCAUUAAUUUCUGCAUUAGGCAGAGCACAGCUACCUCAAUGCUGUUGAUAUGACCAUUGCUACCCAUUUGUCUCAGCAAACAUUUCAUAGAUGUUGUCAUAUUAAUUGUUGAGGUAUGCAUCAGUUUGCUUUUGCAGUACACACUUCCUAAAACCCUCACACAUCUUUUAUUUUAACACCUUUUUUUAAGUUAAAUUUUGUUUUUUCUUUUAUAUUCUUUGAGAAAAGAAAAUGGCUUGACAUGAAUGUUACCCGAGUUUGAUUGAAAGCAUUUUUUUAUAUAGACAGGUCUGUUGUUAAACUUGUGUCUACUUGAACACAUUUUGUCUUCAUUUCUUUAUAGGUUCACCUUUAAGAUUUAGUCUCACUUUGCAGUCUUAAUCUGAAAUCUUAAUUCCAAUAAUAAUCUUAAUAAUAUAUAUAUAUAUAUAUAUAUAUACACACACACACACACAUAUACAAUAUAAUAUAAAAUUAGUGCACAUACUGUACUUGAAUAUGUAAAAAGGCACCAAGAAACUGAUAAUGUUAUCAGUUGAGCACAAAUGGAAAAUGGACAGUUUGCAGUGACCAGUAUGUGGUCAAAACCUCUUUGGCUAGCAAUUUAUCAUCACAAUGCUGUCUGGCAGUACUACCCUGGAAGGCUAAAAAGACCGUUCAGAAGAGUUUGUAUAUCUGUAAAUAGCACACAAAGUAGUCUCUGUAUGUAUAAUUUUUUUUUUUAAUUUAGCAUAUCCUGACAGUUUCCAUGAGCGUGUUCUUAGGCUUAGGUAGGUGCAUGCCAGCUCUAAUACCAGGCCAGUGAGCGCUGGAGUUGUCUUAAACCUAACUGUUGUUUGUUCCAAUGCCUUCCACCUGUUUGUCAACAGAGUGAGUACCCUUUUGCUGCAUGCCCACGGCCGAGUAGCGCUUUCCUUUUUAAUAUUUACAUCGUUACACAACAUGCUUUGCAGCCUGCUGUUGCUCACUUUCAGGGGAGGGGUUUUCCUUCCUUGAAAUGACAGCAACAAGAGCAUCUCUUAUUUAUUACCUCCUCUUAACCAGCUCUUGCUCUUCCAUAUUUGUUUCAUGGUGCAACUGUGAAGAAAAUCACGGUUGAUAUUUUAUUUCACAAUGCCUUCAAUGUCACCAAGUGCCAGGUACACACUGUGGAAUAGGGGCCUUUGGUAUUGAAUUUAGUAUCACUGGUGCCAGUUAUGAUUGUAAAGGGCCGCAGUAGCAAGAUUUGGUAUUUGGCCGAAAAACUGACAUUUAAGUGCCCCACACAAUUACAUUUUAUUUUCCAACAUUUAUAUAUUUAAUUGCAACUUAUAUUUUCUCCUAGUUCUCUGCUUGCGCGUGGCAUGGCCUUUUACAUCUUUGCCGUUUGUGAAAGGAAUCACUAGAUAAGUUAUUUGCUGCUCAGCAUACACCAUCAGAUACCUAACAUUUAGCCUGAAUUACUCCCUUUCUGUUGAUUUGUUUCUUCCUCUGUCUCUUUUCUCUGCAGCUAAGGCCAAGUAAGCCCACCUCUCCUCUAAAUCCCUUGCAGGAGCUGUGAGGUUCUGUUUCAGUGUUGUGCAUGUGUGUUUUGAGCAGCACCACAUCCUUCAAGACCUGCAUGUCUGUUAAAUACAGUCAAAGACAUGGCUCAUUAAGUUCAUGAACCCUUUCUAUUAAAUAUUGGGCAUAAAGCGUCUAACAUUUGAUUCAAACGAGCCGACCCCACGUCUUCAGUCCUUCCGUCCUCUUGCAUGGAGAGCCAUCGUUUAUCCUUCAAGUCUACAGAGGACAAUUUUCAGUCCAUCUUUUUAGACUUAGGUGUUGGUACCAUGUACAGUAAUUGUACAAUAUUCCAUGGUGCAUGUCCUCUGAAUCAGACAUCUGUUUUACCAGGUUUGUGUAGUAGGCAAUGUAAAGUAUUGGUAAAUAGAAUAGACAUUCAUCAAAUAGUACAAAUGUUAAAUAAGCUCAAAAAGACCUGUCAUCUUUCCUAAGGAAAUAAUUUUAUGAGAUAUGUAAAAUAAGCAAAUGGACUGUUUCGUUAUGCACUGAGAUGUGCAACAUGUUUGAAAAGCAGAUUUUGCGGUAUCUGGGAAGGCAGAGGUGUAGUGAGGCAUACGUUUUACCUUGAGAUAGGCAGUCAGUCCCUUCAUUGGCAUGGUUGCCGAACUGCUGUACUGUAACUUCAGAGAUGACGAUUGUAUAACGCAUCACAUGAAUUGUGGUUUCAGGUAAAUAAAACUUAAACAUGA